AUGGACCCCGAACCAGCGUCGGAGUCCCCUUCGGUAUCACUGUCCACCACCGACUUAAAUGUAACGCGGCACCAUACUGGCAGUGGCAGUGGCAAUGGGAAUGGGAAUGGCGACACCGAUACGCAACCAAGCCAGCAGCAGAAACAGCGCACCUUAGCCUGGGAUAUGGCUAUGGAUGCGGAUGCGGAGAAAUUCUGGGCUGGGCCCUUAUUACUGCCGUCUCAAGGGAGCCAUGUCGACAGUGAAGGCUGGAUCGAUGGAAACCUAGAAUCAACGUUCGCCUCUCUGGACGGCAUGGGUGACACUGCUGUCGACUUCACCUUACCACGACACUCUGACCUGAGCCAGAGCCCAAAUGUGGGGUUGGGGUGCGGAUGGGACUGGGACGUCAAUAUCAUGCCCUUCGAAUAUCCGUUCUCGUCCCACCAAUACCAGCUCCAGACUGGUCAGUUGGAUCCGACUUUCGAUCCCGUUGCCUUCACCCUGUCAAAUCCGUGCCACGAUUACGGAUAUCAUUACCAGAUUUGGGAGGUGUUAGUGGAUGUGAUCACGUCUCUGAAUGAGUGUGGCAAGAUGGCUAUCGGUGUGCAGUCAUUUCGACUGGGACUGUACAGUGUUGCAGGCCUCACAGGAACACCUAUCACAGACGCCAUGAUUGCACGGUAUAAAGGAUAUAAUGAAGCCGCCAUCUUCAGUGGAAGUGUUGUUCUGGCGGAUGCUGCUUUGAUCCUGGUGGCAAGGACGCAGAUCGCCCGGCAGCGGACAUGGCGUGUCUGA